UUCCCCCUAUAAAGGCACUUCGGCAGGAGUAAUGCUCUGCUGUUCUUGACUGACUACACAUCAGAUCUGUAACAGUGAAUGAUACAGAAGUAGCAGUGACACCGGAGGGAGAAAUUCGAAGGAGAAACUUGAAACAUCCUUUUUGCAAAACGAAACGCAUUUCCAGUUUAGUGUAUUGAUGAGAAGAGCUAUUGGAGUCAUGAUGGCUUCACAGAUUCUCUCUGCAUUCACUUUGGUGCUUCUCCUGUUUAAAGAGAGUGGAGCCUGGACUUACAGUGCUUCCACGGAAAACAUGACUUUUGAUGAGGCUAGCGCUUAUUGUCAACAAAGGUACACACACCUGGUCGCUAUUCAAAACCAGGAAGAGAUUGAGUACCUGAAUGCCACAUUCAGUCAUUCGCCAAGUUACUACUGGAUCGGAAUCAGAAAGAUCAACAACAAGUGGACCUGGAUAGGGACCCACAUGCCUCUGACUGAAGAAGCCAAGAACUGGGCUCCAGGUGAACCAAACAACAUGCAAAAGGGUGAGGAUUGUGUGGAAAUCUACAUUAAGAGGGAAAAAGACUCCGGCAAGUGGAAUGACGAGAGAUGCAACAAAAAGAAGCUUGCUUUGUGCUACACAGCUGCCUGCACCAACAUAUCCUGCAGUGGCCAUGGGGAAUGUAUAGAAACCAUCAACAACUACACCUGCCAGUGUCACCCCGGUUUCAGUGGACUUAACUGUGAACAAGUUGUGACCUGCCAAGCACAGGAAUUUCCUGAGCAUGGAAGCCUGGAUUGCACUCACCCUUUUGGGAAGUUCAGCUACAAUUCUUCCUGCACUGUCAGCUGUGAGAAAGGGUACAUCCCCAGCAGCACAGAGGUUCUGAGGUGCACUUCCUCAGGGGAAUGGAGUGCCCCUCCUCCAAUCUGCAAUGUGGUUCAAUGUGAUACUUUAACAAAACCUGCCAGUGGCUCCAUGGACUGUUUUCAAAACUCUGGACGCUUCCCAUGGAACACAACCUGUGCAUUUGAAUGUGAGGAAGGAUUUAAACUAGUAGGAGCCCAGCACCUCCAGUGUACCUCAUCUGGAAAUUGGGACAAUGAGCAACCGAUGUGUAAAGCUGUGACAUGUGGCACUGUCCACCGGCCUCAGAAUGGCUCCAUGAGUUGUAACCAUUCACCUGCUGGGGAGUACACCUUCAAGUCAUCCUGUGAGUUCACCUGUGAGGAAGGCUUCAUGCUGCAGGGGUCAGCCCAGGUGGAAUGCACUGCACAAGGCCAAUGGACACAGCAAGCUCCAGUUUGUGAAGCUUUUCAGUGUGAAGAGUUGUCCAGGCCAGAGAGAGGUUACAUGAGUUGUCUUCCUAGUGCUUCUGGAAAUUUCCAAAGUGGGGCCAGCUGUGAGUUCUCCUGUGAGCAGGGAUUUGUGCUGAAAGGAUCAACCAGACUCCAAUGUGGCCCCACAGGGGAGUGGGACAGCAAGAAGCCCACAUGUGAAGCUGUGAAAUGUGAUGUCGUCCACCAUCCCCAGAGAGGUUCCAUGAAGUGCUCCCAUCCCCCUACUGGAGACUUCACCUACCAGUCCUCCUGUGCCUUCAGCUGUGAGGAAGGCUUUGAAUUACAUGGAUCAGCUCAACUUGAGUGCACAUCUCGGGGACAGUGGACACAGAAAGUCCCCUCCUGCCAAGUGGUACAAUGUUCGAGCCUGGUGGUUCUUGAGAAGAUCAACAUGAGCUGCAGCGGGGAGCCUGUGUUUGGUACCGUGUGCGCAUUCGCAUGUCCUGAAGGGUGGACACUCAAUGGCUCUGCAGCUCUGACAUGUGAUGCCACAGGACACUGGUCGGGGAUGCUGCCCACCUGUGAAGCUCCCAUUGAGUCCAAUGUUCCCUUGGCAGUUGGGCUUUCUGCAGCUGGAACCUCCCUUCUGACAUUAUCAUCAUUUCUCCUCUGGCUUCUGAAACGCCUUCAGAAGAAAGCAAAGAAAUUUGUUCCUGCCAGCAGCUGCCAAAGUCUUGAAUCAGAUGGAUCCUACCAAAUGGCUUCUGAGUUAAUUUAAAUCAGCAACACAGGCAUAACCAGGGAACUAGUAGAGCAAAACUUGAAGAUGGCAGAGACUGAGAGCUCAAUGGAAUCCCCAGGCCUUCUCACCUGCUGUACCUGCCCCUUUACUGUUGGGACUGCAGCACCCACAGGGACUUCAGUGGACCCUAAAUCAGGGUGCAAGGCAGCCUGCCCCCAUCUCCCCCCCCCACCAAAAGAUGCAGUUUUCUCUUCCUAUUCUCAGGAUCUGGAAAGUGCUGGCUAGUGAGGGAAAGGAUAGUUUCGUCCAGGCAAAAGUGAAGAAACCAAGACUAAGGAGUCUCGGAAUUUCUUUUCUAAUUCUUGCCUCACUGUGAAAUCUUGAUGGAAAAACAUAACAUUUUAUGGCACUGUUUGUUUUUUUCCCUCAUGGUGUUUCAGCUGUUGAUUAUGUAAUUACUGUGACAAGGAAGAAUAAUAAUUGUAAAGAAUUUAGAGGAAACAAAUUGGCCAAAAAUAAUCAAUUACCAACUUGAAAAAAAUAAUAAAAUUUUAAUGCCCAUUAAGUAACUGCAAUAGGCAAGGUUGUUGAUGGUGCAAAUCCUUCUUAAUAUUCAGUGCAAGGAUUCCUAAGCAUAUUUUUAAAUCACUUUUAUCCCUAUGGAAUUCAGUACUUUCAAAAGUCUUCUUAGAGAUUGCAUUCAUUUUACUUGCAUUGAAUGUAAUAUAAUCCUCCAUAAUUUCUAAUAAGUGUUGUAGAGACUUUUGAAAUAUUUAAAUAUUAGAUGUUUUGGUCACCACCUCUUUGUUUAUUAACAAAUUCUAAUAUAAAUCUGUAGUAAAUUUAUUUCAAAGAAAGGCAAAAAUCAACCUCUAACAAUGUGUAAUGUUAACCACUGUAAAUUUAUGAAUGUUUAACUAUUGUUGCUUUUUAAAAUAUGAAUAGUAUCAGAAGAACAAAAGCUGAAUGACACUCACUUGUACACUAAAUAAAUAGUAAAAAUAUUAUUCUGGUAUUUUUCCAGAAAUACGUAGUUUCCAUGUUAAAAAAACUCAGAUAUAUUUAAAAUUUAGCAGAAGAAUUCAAAAAAGAUAAACACAUGCAAUUUGCAGCAACAUGGA